AUGCUUUCUUUCCCAACGAUAGCUGUGCUGAUCACCUCUUUUGGCAUUAGCUAUGCCUCCUUCAACGCUAUAUAUAAUUUUUACUUCCACCCCUUACGCAAGUAUCCUGGACCUAUUCUCAAUCGAUUAACCUACAUGAAAAAAGGCUAUCAUGUAUUGAAAGGUGAUUAUAUCUUUCAACUCAAGGCUCUACACCGAAAGUACGGCCACGUGGUCCGCGUUACUCCCUCUGAACUUUCUUACAUUGAUGAGCAAGCUUGGUCCGACAUAUAUGCACAUUCUACCUCACCAAAAUCUGGAAAUCUACCCAAAAACUCAAAAAAUUUCCGACCCGAGGAAAACGGCUCAACAACACUCUUUACCGCAAAUGAUGCAGACCACAGACGCAUUCGUCGCGUACAGGCGCACAUAUUUUCGGAAAAGGCCCUCGCCGCACAUGAACCACUUUUAAAGAGCUAUAUUAUUGAACUUGUAUCCAAGUUACACGAGAAAGCUAGCGCUCCCUCAGAUAGCAUAGUCGAUCUUGUGAAAUGGUAUAAUUAUACAACAUUUGAUAUCCUGGGUGAUCUAGCAUUUGGAGAAUCAUUUGGCUGUCUCAGAUCUGACGCCCUACAUCCUUGGAUAUCCAACAACUUCCUUUUAAUAAAAGAUCUUGUAUGUUGGAUAGGAUGUAAAAACUUUCCAUGGCCUAUAGAAAAUCUUCUUUACAGGCUCACACCUCGUGAGUCUCGAGAAGCGCGACACCACGCAACAGAUUUUGCUUCACAAAAAGCACGUGCUCGUAUGGCACUUGAGACAACUGAUCGAGUGGAUUUAAUGACAUAUAUUCUCAAGCAUAAUGAUGAAAAAGGCAUGACAAAGCCUGAGAUUGAGGUUAACGCUCGAACUCUAAUCCUAGCUGGUAGUGAGACAACGGCAACAUUUCUCUCUGGCGUAACCUACCAUCUUCUCUGCUAUCCACAACAGCUUGCCAAAGUUACCUCUCUCCUACGCUCCACUUUUGAAAGCGUUGAUGAGAUUACUGGAGCAGCUCUAACCAAAUUGGAGUUCUUUAAUGCCGUUAUAGAGGAGAGCUUCCGUCUCUAUCCACCGGCAACUUCUAUAAUUCCACGCUUCACCAAUCCAGGAGGAAGCAUAAUAUGUGGGGAGCUGAUACCAGAGAAUACAACAGUCUCUGUAGCGUUGGUACCAGCCAGUACGAGUCCAGAUUUUUGGACUGAUGCCGAUGAGUUUGUCCCUGAAAGAUGGUGCAAAGAAGAGAGAUGUCCCGAAAAAUAUCGGAAUGACAAUAGAAAAGUGAUGCAACCGUUCAGUAUUGGACCAAGAAAUUGCAUAGGCAAGAACUUGGCCAAGUUAGAGAUUCGACUCAUUCUAGCCGUAAUGCUGUGGAAUUUUGACUUCGAGCUCCAGCAAGAUAGCAUAAACUGGAAGGAUCAAAAGGUAUUCGGGUUUUGGGAAAAAAAGCCGUUGCAUGUAAAGUUGAUGUCCAGGAAAGUGUGA